AUAUACAUACAUACUAUGUAUAUUCCAUUUUGACUUCUUGGGCUUGUUAUCCAUGCUUUGUAUGUACCAUCAGUAAAAUUUAGUUUGAAAAGGUCUGUGUGUAAAGUAGUUUCAAUAGUUGUCUCAGUCAGAUGUGGAUUGUUCUGGUAUUUUUGCUGUGAAAACAGAAAAGUAUGUAAUGUGAUAUCCAGUAAGCCUUUUUUAUCACUUUGUGUGGAACAGGUUAAGCUAGUUGGUGAAGGUGCAGAUGAUGCUGGUGGCGUAUUUGAUGACACAAUGACAGAGAUGUGUCAUGAACUUGUGACCGGAGCUGUGCCCCUCCUAAUACCAACACCAAAUGCAGUUUCUGAUGUUGGAAAUAACAGAGAUCGUUUCCUCUUUAACCCAGACCUCACGCAAAGCCAUCAUUUGUUAUGGUUUAAAUUUUUAGGGAUCUUGUUUGGCAUUGCCAUUCGGACCAAGAAGCCCUUAGCUUUGCCACUUGCUCCCUUAGUUUGGAAAUUGCUUGUUGGUAUCGCUCCAUCCUCUGCAGACUUGGAAGAGGUAGACAUGGAGUACAUGCAGAGUCUACGUGCAAUAAGAGACAUUGAUCAGGAUGGCGUUACAGAAGAUACUUUCCAUGACGUUAUACCUUUGGAGAGCUUUGAAUGCAUGAGCAUGACUGGUGCUAGAGUUGCUGUAGUACCUGGAGGCCGAGCAGUGCCAUUGACUUUUACGAAUCGACAAGAAUAUGUAAACAGGACGAUCCACUACAGGCUACACCAAAUGGACAGACAGGUUGCUGCUGUUCGAGAGGGAAUGGCAUGGAUCAUCCCAGUUCCUCUGCUGUCUCUUAUGACUGCUGCACACCUUGAGCAGCUAGUAUGUGGGCUUCCUCACAUAUCUGUAGCAACACUCAAGAAAGUUGUCAGGUAUCGGGAGGUUGAUGAGCAUGACCCUUUGAUAGUAUGGUUAUGGGCUAUUUUAGAAUCUUUCAGCCCAUGUGAACGAGUCUUAUUUGUCAGAUUUGUCUCAGGGCGAUCAAGACUCCCUGCAAACUUAGCAGAUCUUUCGCAGAGGUUCCAGGUUAUGCGGGUUGAUCGACCUAUUGAUACUCUUCCUACUGCGCAAACAUGUUUCUUCCAGUUGCGCCUUCCACCUUACUCAAGUCAGGAAGUCAUGGCAGAGAGAUUGCGUUAUGCUAUAAAUAACUGUCGUUCAAUCGAUAUGGAUAAUUAUAUGUUGGCCAGAAACCAGGAUCCUAAUCAUCAUUCUGAUGAUGAUGAAUUUUAAAGCCUUUUGUGUUUUUGUUUUUCAGAAUCUCUUGAACUUGAAACACUAGUAACAUUUUGUGAUAAAUACAGACUGUAUGAAGUAGUCUUAAUCACAAUUACAUGUCAUUUUUACAUGGAGCUUAGUCUUUUUCAUAGUAACAAAUGUGCCUGUUUUUUAUCAGAAAAAAAUUGCAUCUCAAAGUGAGUGCAAUAAUAAUCAUCAUAAUGAAAAAUAAGCUUGUGGUGUGUAUUCAUUAAUACAUAACUAAAAUCAGGGUAUAACCAGAGGUGUAGAACACAUGACAUUUUAAAGUUUUUUGAAAAUUGAGUUAUUUUCAACUAAUUCAUUUUCUUUUCAUUUCUGCAGUCAUCCGUAUUCUCAUUUAGGAUAAGUAAUUAAUUGUGAUUUAGAUAUUCAUUGUAGAUUUAAUAGGCUGUAGAAAAACAGCAAGUAUCUGUGAUGCACCAUAAUUUUGCCAUCUUUUGAUCUGCAACAGGGUGGUUUAUGAUAAUUUUUUGUAUAUUUUUUGUGAUAAACAGGUGUUCAUUUUUGAAUGGGGAGAUAGUUGUUUCAUUUUUUAUAUUAGAGUAUAGUAGCAGUUUGAAAAGCUACAUCUGUUGCUUCUAGUCAGUAUCUUAUUGAUUGGGUUUAUAGGGAUUCAGAUUGCUUUGGAAAUGAUGAUACUACUGUGUUCCCAAGUUUUUGGAAAGACUGAAUGUAAUUCAGUUCAUUUUCUUUAGCAAUACCCAUUAAAGUCAAUUCAAUGAGAAGGUUAUUUGAUUGUACUUUCAUGCACCAUAGUGGAAAAAAUAUAAUUAUUUAUUUAUAUAUGAGGACAUGAACUCAUGGACAGCAUUAUGGUUUGCUAGUUUAUCUGAUUUUUUCUGUUAGAGAACAGUUUUGAAUACAGCUUGUUGGUAUUGUACAUUGUGAGAGGCACCCAUCUUUGAGCUUAUAUAAAUAUUUACAUUUUAUUGUGUCGGUCAUGCAUUUUUGUAUACAUUUAACACCAUGCAUUCCAUUAGAAGAUGCCCUCCUACUUUGAAAAGUCCAUUUCAUUGGUAAUGAGAUUUCAUGUAACUUAACCUCAGUUUUUGACAGUAUGUGGUACGUGAAGUUAUCUGCAUGUCUUGUAUUCCUUGUAUUUUUUCAUAUUUUUUAUUCAUAUAAAUUUACAGGUGGAAUAUUCAGUCUAGAACAGAAUUUUCUUGGAUCACUGCAUAAAAUGAGUGGUUAAUAAACUGUUACCCAUGUUUGUAACUCAAGGCAUGUUUCUAAGUUUUUAUUGACCUCUGCCAAUUUUUAUGCAACCCAUGUUUGUUUUUCUUUAGUUUUUUAUUAAAGAAAUGUUUCUAA